AGCACACAGCCGCAACCAACCCGCCUGGAGGAGGAACCCGUCAAGAUGAGGUGGCUUCUUUCUGUCCUCCUGGCAGUGUUGUCUGUCUGCAGCCCCGUCUUCCUCUCCGACCCACUUCCCUCUGACCCCCAGCCGCCAGGAGGACCCGAGGGGCCCGCCAAGCGUUGGCUUAACCCUCAGCUGGAAGAUGCUGUGCCUUCUCUGGAAACCAGCAACCAACCAAAACUGAGAGAUAUCCCAGAGAGUGAGUCCACCCCAGAUUCUCGCCACAUGUUCGGCGAGAACGUCAAUCUGAAAUGGGUGAAGUGGAACGGCUCCCUUCCUAACAACGCCGUCGCCAUCUUUAAUGGCUACACGGGCCGCACAGACUACGUGUGCAAGGUAAACUGCGAGGCGGGAUUCUACACUCCUAGCAAAGGGAGUUCCUGCCAGUAUCCCUAUGCUGACCACGAGUACACCUCCUCCAAAUUCGACGUGCUGGUCAACGUGGACCACUUUGAGUUCCUGGAGUGGGUUGAGGACUCCUACGGGUCCGUCCCCCAGCACGCCAUCAGAACCUGCCCUGACGUGGACAUCUAUGUGGGCAAAAACAAGUACGGUCUUGGCAAGGUUGUGACCGAACAUGAGGCCUUCUUCCUGCCCUGGGAGGGGGAUGAAUACUGGUACAAGAACUACCAGGUCCUGGUUAUCAACAGAGAUGCCUACAGCCAGCACAUCUCUCACGUUGAGUAUGCCGUCAACCAGAUCGAGCUCUUCCACCAUCCUCCGGAGACCCUCCAGAUAGCCAAGGUCACCAACUUAGAGUGCAGCAGUGUGGAGAAGACGGUUAGACUGGAGAAGAUCAGCACGGUGGAGAAGACGUGGGACAUUGGCAGGGAGACGCGAAAUGGCUCUGUGUCCACCAUGAAGGCCAAAAUCCCCAUCUUAGGCCCAGGGAACGUGGACUUCACCAAGGAGCAGACAGUGACCUUCUCAGAGGGGACCACCAUGGUGGAAUCCAUCAGUCACUCUGUUUCUGUGGAGAUGCUGGUCCCACCCAACCACUCCUGCGCUGUGAGAAUGGACGGGCGAAAAAUGACGGCCGACAUCCCCUUCACCGCCAGAAUGAGCCGGACAAACCACAAGGGUGACACCCAUUGGACCAGCAUUACGGGAACCUAUGACGGUGCGAGGGUUGGGGAGAUCAAUGCAGUGGUGGAGCGAUGCCAGCCAGUCCCUGACGCUGUUCCCUGCUUGCCCAGCAAAGACUGACAGACAAAGGUGGAGUUCAACUGGCUAUGAACUCCGUAUCACCAAGUUCAUUUCCAAAUGUAAAAUAUUGCCACAGCAAGAAGAAAUGCCUAUUUUGCAAAUAAAAAUUGACCAA